AUAAUCUUUGCUUGUCAGUUAGAAAAUUGAGUCAUGAUUAUCCACUUAAAUAUGUUCAGUUUCUCCGAAGGGUUUUGGGACAUCUGCUGAUAAACAUUUCAUGAUGAUGGCACAAUUGGUAUUGUUUUAUGUCAUGCUUAUUCCUCAUGUGACAGCCUGUAUCACUUGAUGCUAGUGAGAGGCAGAUAAUCCCUUUUCUGUAUUUGACAUUAUGGAAACAUGUUUCAGGUGGGAAAACGUCUUCGACAAUUGGCAAAACAUCCGAGGGAGAAGAUCCAGGCGUUGGCAUCUGAUGUGGUUCAGAACUGGAAGAAUAUAAUUGUAAAAGAAACUCUGAAAAAUAAGAACAGCUAUGGAGUGAACGGGGAAUCUGUAAAAGAUGAAUGUGCCGGUUCUACUGCUAAUGGAGCCACUAAAUCUCAAAGAGCGGAGUCGGUCAAGGUUGAAAAGGUGUCUAGGUUUGAUAAUGUAAAAGUUGAGAGAACGACUUCAAAAUCUGAGAAAGUAGUAAAGUCAGAAAGUUCCUUUGCUGAGAAAAAGGUUGAGCGUGUUAGUGUUGCGAAGAGUGAAAAGAGUAAUUCUACUGUGGCAAGUGCUGCUCCGCCGAAGUUGGGCGCUCUAAUUUAUUGCAAGGAUUCUGUGAGGGACAAAGUCCGGGAAAUCCUUGCAGAAGCUUUAUGCAAAGUCGCAGGUGAAGUUGAUGAGGAUUUGAGGGAUGAGGUUAAUUUAUGUGAUCCAUAUAGAGUUGCAGUUCUGGUAGAAACUGCAAUGUUUGAGAAGUGGGGUAGAUCUAAUGGUGCCCAGAAGUUCAAGUAUAGGUCUAUAAUGUUUAACAUUAAGGAUCAAAACAAUCAAGAUUUCCGGAGAAAAGUCCUUCUUGGGAAGUUUCCUCUUCAUCGUAUAACUGAACUGACACCAGAAGAAAUGGCAAGCGAGGAAAGGCAAAAGCAGAAUGAGAAAAUUAAAGAAAAAGCGUUAUUCAAUAGCGAACGUGGACUUCCUGCACAGGCUAGUACUGAUAAGUUCAAGUGUGGUAGGUGUAGAAAGAAUCAAUGCACCUACUAUCAGAUGCAAACGCGGAGUGCAGAUGAACCUAUGACCACUUACGUGACAUGUGUGAACUGCCAAAAUCGUUGGAAGUUCUGUUAAAUUCGAGCCAGUGUGUCCAUGUAUCACUUACUGGCAUUACAUUGUGAGCUUCAUAGAUAGGUACCUUCUCUUAACCAUGAUGUAGUUCGUAGUUCAUUUUUUCAUUUUCUCCGUGGAGGCGAUCUCAAUAUGCACGCAUGUGAUCGCCGAGGUUUUUUAUUGCUGUGGGAUGUUAUGACAUUGUAUUUUUCUCAUUCCUAGGAUAAAAAAAUUUGCUCGACAGAAAAUGCAGUUGUAUUGGAAAGAAACAGAAAAAAUAUUAGAUGCAGUUGUGAGCAACUAUUCACUGUU